AUGUCCCCAGGAAGAGUGUGGCCUAGGGCUCGGACCUAAACUGGGACACCACUGAUUAAGACGGGGCUAGGGGAAGGAGGAGGAGGGAGAAGAGGAAGAAGAGGUUCUCCCUAAAGAACCUGAGAAGUGGCGGAGAAGGGAGGAGAACCAAGAGAAUGCGGUACCAGGCAGGAAAGGUGGCCAUGGGGAAGGCUUCGGAAAAGUCCACUUGACUUAGUAAGGGGGUGACACAUGAUUGGCCAGAGGAUGUGGUGGGCUGAAAAAGCAGAGAACACCAAAGGUGGGCAUGGUUGGAAAGGACUCUACAAGUCCUUGUCUGAGCCAAGGCCUAAGGACAAGAAAGUGAGUUUAUUUCAAAUCUAGAUAUUGACACUGUGACCUCAGUCUGGACACUCACUUUUUCUGAGCCUCAGUUUCCUUACCUGGAGAGGAGGGUUGGAAACAGUAGCGCUACUUAGCGAUUUUCAAAAAUUGUGGAUGGGAACUCUCGGUGAGCUAACUGAACUAGCGCUAGACCCCGCCCCUUUUGCUCACGCUCCGCCCAGACUGCGGAACAGGGCUACACCUUUGACCGGCCACGCCCACGUUGGCUCCACCCUCCCAAAGAGCCCAACCUCAUCUGGCUUUCCCAUUGGCCACGCCCCCAGACCGGCCACGACCCAAUCGCCCGAGUCUUGCUCACACCGGCUCCCGCGAGCCAGUCCAGAAGGGACGCAGCCCCAUCAGCUGUCCGCCGACCCCCAGCCCUCACCCCGCUCCCAUGGCCGCGCCGAGACCCCGCACCUUGCGGGCUGCGCUGUGUGGAGGCUUCUGCUGCCUUCUCCUGUGUGCCCAGCUCGCGGUGGCUGGUAAAGGAGCUCGAGGCUUUGGGCGGGGAGCCUUGAUCCGUCUGAACAUCUGGCCUGCUGUCCAAGGGGGCUGCAAACCGCUGGAGCCCUGUGAGCGAUGUGUGGAGGGGGACAGAGCACACAACCGCUCUGGCUGUGUGUGGCAGCAGUGUCAGCCGGAGAAGCCAGGACAUUGUGUGGCCCGUUCUGAGGUGGCCAAGGAGGGCUGCUCGGUCUACAACCGCUCAGAGUCCUGCCCUGCCACCUACCACCACCCCACCUAUGAACCGAAGACAAUCACAACAGGGAGCCCCACAGUUCCAGAAACCUGCAGUCCUGGCUUCGAUGGCCCCAGCUUCAUCGGCGGUGUGGUGCUGGUGCUGAGCCUGCAGGCAGUGGUCUUCUUUGCACUGCGCUUCCUCAAGGCCAAAGACAGCACUUACCAGACACUGUGAGUCCCUGGCCAGCGGGGCUGUCCCAGCUCACCCCACGCUCCCUCUUGCCCAGGGUCAGCCCUAAGGACAAGGACUCCCUCCCAAUGUCCCCAUGUGAGUGAGCCACAUCCCUUUUUACUCCUCCAGUUGGGAGCUCUCUCUGCCAGAUGCUGGCUGGGACCAGGACUCAGACUGGGCUCAGGGUCGGGGAGCCCGCUGAGCCCCUGUGUCUUUGCCCCCUCAUGCUGCCAGCAGGGAGGAGAACCAGUAGGUGAUGGCCCAGGCAAAUCUCCGGCCUGGCUGCGUGCUCUGUGUGGUUUCCUUGGAGAGGGUGGCUGUGCAAGGCCUGUGUGUGUGUGAGGGGAGCUUAAUUCAAGUGUUUAU